AUGAGAGCAGACACCGGGAUUGCAUUGCAAGAGCAGCAGGAGCACAAGGGAGUUCAGAAAGUACCCCUCCCCCCGAUUCCCCAUUCCCCUCCCUCCCCCCGAUUCCCCUCCCUCCCCCCGAUUCCCAAUUCCCCUCCCUCCCCCCGAUUCCCCUCCCUCCCCCCGAUUCCCCUCCCUCCCCCCGACUCCCCAUUCCCCUCCCUCCCCCCGAUUCCCCUCCUCCCCCCGAUUCCCAAUUCCCCUCCCUCCCCCCGAUUCCCAAUUCCCCUCCCUCCCCCCGAUUCCCCUCCCUCCCCCCGAUUCCCGAUUCCCCGAUUCCCCUCCCUCCCCCCGAUUCCCCUCCCUCCCCCCGAUUCCCGAUUCCCCUCCCUCCCCCCGAUUCCCCUCCCUCCCCCCGAUUCCCCAUUCCCCUCCCUCCCCCCGAUUCCCGAUUCCCCAAUUCCCCUCCCUCCCCCCGAUUCCCGAUUCCCCAAUUCCCCUCCCUCCCCCCGAUUCCCGAUUCCCCUCCCUCCCCCUGAUUCCCGAUUCCCCAAUUCCCCUCCCUCCCCCCGAUUCCCAAUUCCCCAAUUCCCCAAUUCCCCUCCCUCCCCCGGAUUCCCCAUUCCCCUCCCUCCCCCCGAUUCCCCAUUCCCCAAUUCCCCUCCCUCCCCCCAAUUCCCCUCCCUCCCCCAAAUUCCCCUCCCUCCCCCCGAUUCCCGAUUCCCAAUUCCCCAAUUCCCCUCCCUCCCCCCGAUUCCCAAUUCCCCUCCCUCCCCCCGAUUCCCGAUUCCCCUCCCUCCCCCCGAUUCCCGAUUCCCCAAUUCCCCUCCCUCCCCCCGAUUCCCGAUUCCCCAAUUCCCCUCCCUCCCCCCGAUUCCCAAUUCCCCUACCUCCCCCCGAUUCCCGAUUCCCCUCCCUCCCCCCGAUUCCCCUCCCUCCCCCCGAUUCCCAAUUCCCCUCCCUCCCCCCGAUUCCCGAUUCCCCUCCCUCCCCCCGAUUCCCAAUUCCCCUCCCUCCCCCCGAUUCCCGAUUCCCCUCCCUCCCCCCGAUUCCCAAUUCCCCUCCCUCCCCCCGAUUCCCGAUUCCCCUCCCUCCCCCCGAUUCCCGAUUCCCCUCCCUCCCCCCGAUUCCCAAUUCCCCUCCCUCCCCCCGAUUCCCAAUUCCCCUCCCUCCCCCCGAUUCCCAAUUCCCCUUCCUCCCCACGAUUCCCCAUUCCCCUCCCUCCCCCCGAUUCCCCAUUCCCCUCCCUCCCCCCGAUUCCCCAUUCCCCUCCCUCCCCCCGAUUCCCAAUUCCCCUCCCUCCCACCGAUUCCCGAUUCCCCUCCCUCCCCCCGAUUCCCGAUUCCCCUCCCUCCCCCGAUUCCCCUCCCUCCCCCCCAUUCCCAAUUCCCCUCCCUCCCCCCGAUUCCCAAUUCCCCUCCCUCCCCCCAAUUCCCCAAUUCCCCUCCCUCCCCCCUAUUCCCAAUUCCCCUCCCUCCCCCCGAUUCCCCUCCCUCCCCCCGAUUCCCAAUUCCCCUCCCUCCCCCCGAUUCCCAAUUCCCCUCCCUCCCCCCCGAUUCCCAAUUCCCCUCCCUCCCCCCGAUUCCCAAUUCCCCUCCCUCCCCCCGAUUCCCAAUUCCCCUCCCUCCCCCCGAUUCCCAAUUCCCCAAUUCCCCUCCCUCCCCCGAUUCCCAAUUCCCCUCCCUCCCCCCGAUUCCCAAUUCCCCUCCCUCCCCCCGAUUCCCAAUUGCCCUCCCUCCCCCCGAUUCCCAAUUCCCCUCCCUCCCCCCGAUUCCCAAUUCCCCUCCCUCCCCCCGAUUCCCAAUUCCCCAAUUCCCCUCCCUCCCCCCGAUUCCCAAUUCCCCAAUUCCCCUCCCUCCCCCCGAUUCCCAAUUCCCCUCCCUCCCCCCGAUUCCCCUCCCUCCCCGCGAUUCCCAAUUCCCCUCCCUCCCCCCGAUUCCCCUCCCUCCCCCCGAUUCCCAAUUCUCCUCCCUCCCCCCGAUUCCCAAUUCCCCUCCCUCCCCCCGAUUCCCAAUUCCCCUCCCUCCCCCCGAUUCCCGAUUCCCCUCCCUCCCCCCGAUUCCCAAUUCCCCUCCCUCCCCCCGAUUCCCAAUUCCCCUCCCUCCCCCCGAUUCCCAAUUCCCCUCCCUCCCCCCGAUUCCCAAUUCCCCAAUUCCCCUCCCUCCCCCCGAUUCCCAAUUCCCCUCCCUCCCCCCGAUUCCCAAUUCCCCUCCCUCCCCCCGAUUCCCUUUUCCCCAAUUCCCCUCCCUCCCCCCGAUUCCCAAUUCCCCUCCCUCCCCCCGAUUCCCAAUUCCCCUCCCUCCCCCCGAUUCCCAAUUCCCCAAUUCCCCUCCCUCCCCCCUAUUCCCAAUUCCCCUCCCUCCCCCCGAUUCCCCUCCCUCCCCGCGAUUCCCAAUUCCCCUCCCUCCCCCCGAUUCCCCUCCCUCCCCCCGAUUCCCCUCCCUCCCCCCGAUUCCCAAUUCUCCUCCCUCCCCCCGAUUCCCAAUUCCCCUCCCUCCCCCCGAUUCCCAAUUCCCCUCCCUCCCCCCGAUUCCCGAUUCCCCUCCCUCCCCCCGAUUCCCAAUUCCCCUCCCUCCCCCCGAUUCCCAAUUCCCCUCCCUCCCCCCGAUUCCCAAUUCCCCUCCCUCCCCCCGAUUCCCAAUUCCCCAAUUCCCCUCCCUCCCCCCGAUUCCCAAUUCCCCUCCCUCCCCCCGAUUCCCAAUUCCCCUCCCUCCCCCCGAUUCCCUUUUCCCCAAUUCCCCUCCCUCCCCCCGAUUCCCAAUUCCCCUCCCUCCCCCUGAUUCCCAAUUCCCCUCCGUCCCCCCGAUUCCCAAUUCCCCAAUUCCCCUCCCUCCCCCUGAUUCCCAAUUCCCCUCCCUCCCCCCGAUUCCCCUCCCUCCCCCCGAUUCCCAAUUCCCCUCCGUCCCCCCGAUUCCCAAUUCCCCUCCCUCCCCCCGAUUCCCAAUUCCCCAAUUCCCCUCCCUCCCCCCGAUUCCCAAUUCCCCUCCCUCCCCCCGAUUCCCAAUUCCCCUCCCUCCCCCCGAUUCCCAAUUCCCCUCCCUCCGAUUCCCCUCCCUCCCCCCGAUUCCCCUCCCUCCCCCCGAUUCCCAAUUCCCCUCCCUCCCCCUGAUUCCCAAUUCCCCUCCCUCCCCCCCGAUUCCCAAUUCCCCUCCCUCCCCCCGAUUCCCAAUUCCCCUCCCUCCCCCCGAUUCCCAAUUCCCCUCCCUCCCCCCGAUUCCCAAUUCCCCUCCCUCCCCCCGAUUCCCAAUUCCCCAAUUCCCCUCCCUCCCCCCAAUCCCCCCACCCCCCCCCCCCCCUCCCCCCUUUUCCCCCCUCCAUGUCUUCCCUGUGUCCCCCGUGCCGUGCCCCUCACUCACACACGAACCUGCUUGCCUGGAUAGCGGCGGCUCACUCGCUGAAUGUCCACGUGGCAAGUGUUGCCCAGUGCGUGCACUCCUGCAUCCUGAUUGGUCCACAACAGCACAAGCAGUCCGAUCCGAAGCAAUGCAGCACAAAAGGGUUCACGGUCAGAGCACAUCAGCGGAAGCAGGAUAG